AUGAGGAACUCCCUGCGAGAACAGAGGAGCUACCAGCCAGAACAGAGGAGCUACCAGCCAGAACAGAGGAGCUACCAGCCAGAACAGAGGAGCUACCAGCGAGAACAGAGGAGCUACCAGCCAGAACAGAGGAGCUACCAGCCAGAACAGAGGAGCUACCAGCCAGAACAGAGGAGCUACCAGCGAGAACAGAGGAGCUACCAGCCAGAACAGAGGAGCUACCAGCGAGAACAGAGGAGCUACCAGCCAGAACAGAGGAGCUACCAGCCAGAACAGAGGAGCUACCAGCCAGAACAGAGGAGCUACCAGCGAGAACAGAGGAGCUACCAGCCAGAACAGAGGAGCUACCAGCCAGAACAGAGGAGCUACCAGCCAGAACAGAGGAGCUACCAGCGAGAACAGAGGAGCUACCAGCCAGAACAGAGGAGCUACCAGCGAGAACAGAGGAGCUACCAGCCAGAACAGAGGAGCUACCAGCCAGAACAGAGGAGCUACCAGCGAGAACAGAGGAGCUACCAGCCAGAACAGAGGAGCUACCAGCCAGAACAGAGGAGCUACCAGCCAGAACAGAGGAGCUACCAGCGAGAACAGAGGAGCUACCAGCCAGAACAGAGGAGCUACCAGCCAGAACAGAGGAGCUACCAGCGAGAACAGAGGAGCUACCAGCGAGAACAGAGGAGCUACCAGCCAGAACAGAGGAGCUACCAGCCAGAACAGAGGAGCUACCAGCCAGAACAGAGGAGCUACCAGCGAGAACAGAGGAGCUACCAGCGAGCAACCGGGGCCUUGCUCUACGGCAUUGCUCCCUUCUUCCAGGAACUGCGGGCUUCAGGGGAGCGCGGCGACUGCAGCGCUGCGCCGCAGGGGGUGGUGGCGCCUCGAAGCUCCCCGGCCGAGUCGGGCUGGAGGUACAGUCGCCUGAACUAG